GCACAAAACGACCAAGAGCCACAAAUCAAGCACACAUAUCAAAAAACAAAUGAGCUCUUAUUUUGUAAACUCAUUUUGCGGUCGCUAUCCAAAUGGCCCGGACUACCAGUUACAUAAUUAUGGAGAUCACAGCUCGGUGAGCGAGCAAUACAGGGACUCCGCCAGCAUGCACUCCGGCAGGUACGGAUACGGCUACAAUGGCAUGGACCUCAGCGUCGGGCGCUCUGCUUCCACUCACUUUGGUGCCAAUGAGAGACCCCGCAGUUACCCGGCCAACACCACCUCUGCCUCGACAGAGCCCAGGUACAACCAGCCCGCGACGUCUUCCCACUCGCCUCCCCCUGACCCUCUGCCCUGCACUGCCGUGGCCGGUUCGCCUGUCAGCGAGAGUCACCACGGGGUGAAAAACUCCCUCGCCAACUCCACCAGCACUUCGUCCAAUUCCAGCAGCAACACGCACAUCAGCAGAGACGGGGUUGGCACCUCGUCUGGGACUGAGGAAGACACUCCAGCAAGCAGCGAGCAGGCAAGUGCCCCGACCGACCAAAGCACAGCCCAGCCUUCACAGCCCCAGAUCUACCCCUGGAUGCGAAAACUGCACAUAAGUCAUGACAACAUAGGGGGACCAGAAGGGAAAAGGGCUCGGACUGCUUACACCCGCUAUCAGACCCUGGAGCUCGAAAAGGAAUUUCACUUCAAUAGAUACCUGACCCGCAGAAGAAGGAUUGAAAUAGCACAUGCUCUUUGCCUCUCAGAGAGACAAAUAAAGAUCUGGUUCCAAAACAGGAGAAUGAAAUGGAAAAAGGAUAAUAAGCUGAAAAGUAUGAGCAUGGCAGCUGCAGGAGGGGCAUUCCGUCCCUAAGCGUUUGAUCAAUUAAAAGUACUGAGCAGUAUUAGCUGACCCUGCGUCGUCUCAUGUCAGUACUAAGUUGACUUUCUAAAACUUCCUUGUGUUACUUCUGUGAAGAAACCCUGUUCUUGUCGCCCUUAUUCAUCUUUUAAUCAUGAGCCUGUUUAUUACCAUUCUCUCGCGUGUAUAAGUAGAUCUGCUUUUAUCGUACAUUUCUUUGUCUUGAAUGGCUUUGUCUUGAAAAAAAAUAAUAGAUGUUUUAACUUAUUUAUAUGAAGCGAGCUGUGUUACUUGAAGUAACUGUUAAAACAAAACAAAACUAAACAAAAAAGAACAAAAAGAAAAAAAAUAGAAGCUUAAAAAAAAGGAGAGAGAGAAAGGAAACCCUCCCCCGGAUAGUACAAAUGUUAUGUGUUGCACUCAACCUGCUUAACUGUGCAUGUGUGGUCAAGUGUUAAUGUCUGUAUAGCUCCAAGCUGUUAAAAAUAUUUUUAUUCAAACUACCUAUAUAAUUCCUGUGUAAUUAAUGCUGUUGUAGAGGUGAAAUGAUGAAAUCAACUGAACUUGUCCUACGUGUAGUGAAUAGUGAAUCUGUGACGAAAACUGUGAUUCCAAGCAGUAUGUCCUUGCUGUGCCUUUGUAUAUGACUCUUUGCACGAACUCUUAGAAGUGGCUCUUAUUAAGCGCAGCUUCUGUGAUGUAUGUUUUUUGUGAACAAAGUUACAAAUAUAGUCAAAGUCUGGCUGUUUGAGCAAACUGUGAUCAGCUUUUUUUUUUAAUUAUUAUUAUUAUUAUUUGUUUUUAAAAAAAACUGACUGGAAAU